AAUUUCAUUCAAGCUGAUUAAAAAAGUGAAUUAAGCAAAAACAAAACUAAUCAGAGCAAUCUCUUUAGUUGUGAAAGUUCUCAGAGACGCUGAUCCCCUUAUCACACUCUUUUCCAUCGCCACCUUGCGAUAACACAAUUUAUUUACAUAUGCUUGUGUUUUUGUUUGCGGCUUUUUUGCGAUAAUUAAUACAAACACAUAUGCGCACCGAGUGCUGAUUAACCUCUACGGUUUUUGGAGGGUCAGAUAAAAACGCAGCGCAACUGGUAUUCGCACUUAUUCGCCACCUGGCGCUGCAGUCAAAAUGGUUAAAGUCACAGAGGAUGUAUUUGCCACUGGAGCAGUGAAUCCUUUUACCAAAUCCAAGGAUACGAUCAAGAGGUUCACCUUGUCCAAUGGAUAUGGAAUGUCCGUCCAGUUGAUCACCCGCGGAGCAAUAAUUACGAGCAUAAAGACUCCAGAUGCCAGCGGUAAAAUAGAUGACGUGACCCUCGGUUUUGAUGAUCUGGCGGGCUAUCAGAGUGACAGGAAUCCCUAUUUUGGAGCCACCAUUGGUCGGGUGUGCAAUCGGAUUGGAAAUGGCAGUUUCACGCUGGAUGGGAAGCUGAUUCAGGUGUCCAAGAAUCGAGAGAACAAGUUUCAACUUCAUGGCGGUUUUGUGGGAUUCGAUAAAGCCCACUGGGAAGUGGUGGAGGUGCGUCAGGAUGGAGUUACUUUGUCCCACACCAAUCCUGAUGGACACGAGGGAUAUCCGGGAAAGGUUACAGCCACGGCAAGCUUUACCUUAAGCGAGGACAAUUGCCUCCACGUCCUGAUGAAUGCAGUGGCCGAUAAGCCGACGCCCGUAAAUCUCACCAAUCACUCGUACUUUAACCUUGCUGGCCACAAAGCCGGAGCAAAUGGAUUAUACGAGCACACCAUCGAGAUUAACGCCUAUGGCAUUACUGAAACAGAUCAGUCUUCCAUUCCAACAGGAAAGAUCCUACCGGUAGAUGGAACGUCCUUCGAUCUCCGUGUAUCUAGCAACCUGGGCGAACGUCUCAAACAACUGCAACCAGCGCGAGGAUACGAUGACAACUUCUGUGUGACUUCUGACCCGCCACAAACGCUGGCCAAGGUGGCCAGGGCCACUCAUCCGCCCAGCGGACGAUGGCUGGAGGUGGUCAGUAAUCAGCCAGGAGUGCAGUUCUACACCUCCAACUUCAUGCCAGAUGUGCAAUCUGGGGAGGCUCCGAUUUCCGGCAAGGAUGGAGCUGCCUAUGCCAAGCAUGGAGCCUUCUGCCUGGAGACCCAAAAAGUUUCCCGACUCCGUGAACCACAGCAACUUUCCCUCGACCAUUUUGCGACCGGGAGAGAGCUAUCACCAUGAAGUAAUCUACAAGUUCGGGGUUUCGCACUGAACACCUUAUCUAACCCAUAUAUACGUAUAAAUGCCAUGUAUCCGUCUAACUCGUAAUUACAAUAACCAAUAAACCAAAAGCACGCAGAUAAUGCAAAUAGGUUCCAACACGAA